AUGGCCGACCGGUUGUUCCAAACCAUAUCAAGUGGUCGUCCCUAUCAUGUCGUCAAAUCAGAGUCCAAAAAUGAAAGCACCGGUAGUGGGGCCACAGCAGCCAAACUGGUCGCUCACAGGAGUAUAUGCGAUGCCAGUGGGGGUCGACAUCGCGAUAGACAGUGGCAGAGAUCGCAGGUCUCUCGUGGACAACCAUCUGAGGGCACAAGUGGUGAUACUGGAGAUAUUGAGGCUCAACGGGAGGGCACCCCUCGUGUGUUGACAGCAAGACAAGUGUCGCUUAGUUUGCAAUCAAAAAUAUCGAUCAAAACUAAUUCAGUGUCGAGUAGUUUGGAGGAAGAGACGCCUCGCAUGAGUUUGUUGGGCCGACCCCUUCCCGUUGCGCUCAAUCGUCGGCACCGAUCCACCCGAGACUCCAAACGUAGGAAAUAUCAGUUCCUUAUCAAUAACUUUCUCGAGAGACCCAACGGUCGCCUCUCUGUACUCUAUCACCUAUUUGUGUUUUGUAUGGUCUUCGCCUGUUUGGUUCUCACAGUCUUCUCAACCAUCAAAGAAUAUGAAACAACGGCUUCAGCCAUACUGUUAAGAAUGGAGAUAGUAAUGGUUGUGUGGUUCGCAUUUGAAUUCUUCUUCCGGAUGUGGUCAGCCGGGUGUCGCUCACGUUAUCAGGGUUGGGUCGGACGCCUUAGGUUUCUCAGGAGUCCCUUCUGUGUGAUCGAUGUCAUAGUAAUCGUUGCGUCGGUGAUCGUGCUAUCGGUCGGCAGCUCUGGACAGGUAUUCGCCGCCUCAGCUCUCCGUGGUUUGCGAUUCUUCCAAAUACUACGUAUGGUUCGUAUGGAUAGGAGGGGCGGCACCUGGAAAUUGUUGGGUUCUGUUGUCUAUGCACACCGACAGGAACUGAUAACUACAGUAUACAUAGGCUUCCUUGGGUUGAUUUUCUCAUCAUUUCUGGUAUAUCUGGUCGAGAAGGAUGUCGAGGAGACUAAGUUCGAGAGCUUUGCCGACGCUCUCUGGUGGGGAGUGAUCACUUUGUGCACCGUUGGAUAUGGAGAUAUAUUCCCGAGUACUUGGACGGGGAAGAUAAUCGCCGCCUUCUGUGCUCUGUUAGGGAUCUCAUUCUUUGCCUUACCAGCGGGUAUUCUGGGUUCUGGGUUUGCCCUGAAGGUGCAACAGCAACAGCGCCAGAAACACAUGAUUAGGCGUCGAGUGCCGGCCGCCACUCUCAUCCAAAGUCUGUGGCGCUGUUAUGCGGCCGACGAGAACUCCAUGUCAGUGGCGACCUGGAAGAUACAUCAGGUGCCUCUUCCCAGCCCACCCGCUUUCAAACACAACACAUCAUUUGUUAGUCGUUUCUCAACGAUCCGUCGGCACAAAUCCACUCAUUCGCCGCUCACUCGCAAUCGAUUCGGCACUUCGUCGGCGCCCGACCACCACAGCCGCGACGACGGCUCACGAAUGCCCGGCAGUCUCAGCGAAGACAGUGUCGCCAAAGAUAUCUCUGAUGCUUCCAAACGCAAUUCGGACGAACUGGAUGGCGGAGUUCCACUGGUUUUAUGCAAUAUGUUGCGCCGGGAUUGCAAUCACCCGCCAUUCCUUGCGCUCUCACCUGCUUUUCGAUCUGCCAUUGAGUUUCCUACCAUUUCUACAACAGGU